UGGCUUCACAAAAACACAUCUCACGUCUCUCAUUUGUCAUCGUCCUUUUCUUUUACUGUGUCUCAUGUUACUCUUUUAGCUACCAUGAAGAUGUUCAUGACUACAUGUCUCCUCUUUCAAGAGUGUAUACUUGUUGUAUAAGAAAAGCCCUACUUUACAUGUUUCAAGAUCCUGGUUUUUCUAGCAGUUUACUUGCACUUCCAUUUGAUGUUGAUUCUUUUGGCGCUAAAGGCGAUGGCAAAAAAGACGAUACAAACGCAUUCAAGAAGGCAUGGAAGGAAGCAUGUUCCUCCACAACAGCAGCAAUAUUUAGUGUGGCUAAGAAUAAGAAGUACCUUGUAACACCAAUUCGGUUUGAAGGUCCCUGCCGAGCUUCGUUAACCAUGCAGAUUUCAGGAACAAUUUUGGCAUCCAAACAAGAAUCCAAGUAUAAGAAGAAUGAAAAGAAUUGGCUUAGAGUGGAAGGAGUCGAUAACCUCGUGGUCAAAGGAGGUGGCGUCAUUGACGGCAAUGGGGACAUUUGGUGGAGUAAAUCUUGCAAAGUCAAUAAAACGCUUCCAUGUAAGGAUGCCCCAACGGCUCUAACGUUCUACAAGUGCAAAUCUUUGAUGUUGAAUAACCUCACGGUUCAAAACGCGCAAAAAAUCCAUGUUACGUUCGACCGUUGUGAAAACGUACAAGUUUCAAAGAUUCAGGUGACUGCGCUGGAGAAUAGCCCCAACACGGAUGGAAUUCAUGUCACACACACCCAGAACAUCAGGAUAUCUGACUCCGUUAUAGGAACAGGGGACGAUUGUAUAUCGAUUGUGAACGGGUCAAAGAAUGUCCAAGCCACUGGUAUAACAUGCGGACCAGGUCAUGGGAUUAGUAUUGGGAGCCUUGGGUCUAAGAACUCAGAAGCUCAUGUCUCGAAUGUCAAAGUUGAUGGGGCUGAACUUACUGGAACCACAAAUGGUGUUAGAAUCAAGACUUGGCAGGGAGGUUCAGGAAACGCAAGCAAUAUUACGUUUCAAAAUAUCAACAUGAAGAAUGUGACAAACCCAAUCAUUAUAGAUCAGUAUUAUUGUGAUCAAGCUAAACCUUGCAAAGAACAGAAGUCUGCGGUUCAAAUAAAAUAUGUGACAUACGAAAAUAUUAGCGGAACUAGUGCAAGUAAAGAUGCAGUAAUAUUUAAGUGCAGCAAAAACUAUCCAUGUGAAGGUGUUGUGUUGAAAGGUAUAAACCUCACUCAAGAGGACGAUGGUGAUGCUAAGGCCAUUUGCAACAAUGUCAAGGUAACUUAUGUUGGAACAGUUAUUCCUCGAUGCUCGGAAAAUCUUGUUCAAGAGCAAUCAACGUUAAUGAUAAGUUAUUUGUAUCUAGAGAAAGUUUCUAGAAAUUAUUUCAAUACUUAGUUUAUUAGCCAUAUGAUUAGUUGAAACACUUCUGUUUA